GACAAGCAGGAGUUACUGACUGUCACUGCAGGGGGAAAAGUGCUGCAAACAUGGAUGCUCUCUUGAAGAACGUAGACUUCCAGUGCAAGACCAAUAACGAAGCUCACCACACCAAUGAAAUCUCGGUGGACCGGCUGAUCGUGAGGCGAGGCCAGGGCUUCACCAUGACCCUCGACCUGCAGAAACCUUUCGACUCCAGCAAAGACCAGCUCAUCUUCACCGCCGCAACCGGUGAGAAACCCGAGCAGAACAAUGGGACCAUGUCCGUCUUUGGGAUCCCAGACAGCGCUGCAAAGCGCUCGGCAUCAGCAAAGGCCGUGUGGAAGGCAGAGUUUUGCGCCAGCUCCGUCCAACAGAAGGAGGGAUUGUCGCUGGAGGUGAAGCCGCCAGUCGACGCCCCCAUCGGGAAAUACACCCUUUCUCUGAAAAUAGGGGAGAAAGAGAGCAGCCUGGGAAGCCUGGUUGUGCUCUUCAAUCCCUGGUGCAAAGACGACUCCGUGUUUAUGCCUGAUGAUAAAAAGCGACAAGAGUAUGUGAUGAAUGAACAGGGAGUCAUCUACAAGGGUAGCAAAUUUUUCGUCCUUGGUGCAUCCUGGGACUUUGGACAGUUUGAGGAUAAAGUUUUGGACAUUUGUCUCAAAAUGUUGGACCUCAACUCCGAAUACAAGAAAGACCCAGCUGCAGACGUCGCUGCUCGCUGUGACCCCAUCUAUGUGAGCCGUGUGAUCAGUGCCAUGAUCAACUCAGACGAUGACGACGGCGUGCUGGAGGGGCGCUGGGAGGGCGACUUCUCCGACGGGAUUCUUCCCACCUGCUGGAACAGCAGUGUGGACAUCCUCCUCCUCUGGCAGGAGCAGGAUUACAAGUCAGUGAAGUACGGGCAGUGCUGGGUGUUCGCCGGGAUCAUGUGCUCAGUCAUGCGCUGCCUCGGUAUUCCCUGCCGUGUGGUCACCAACUUCUGCUCGGCCUACGACGCCAACCUGAGCCUCACCAUUGACGUUUUUCGUGACGAAGAGGGAGUCAGAACUCCAGAGACCGAGGACAGCAUCUGGAACUUCCAUGUGUGGGUGGAGGGCUGGAUGAAACGUCCCGACCUGACGGAGGAUGGCACCUACGACGGCUGGCAGGUUCUGGAUGCCACGCCCCAGGACAAGAGCGAAGGUGUGUACCGCUGCGGGCCGGCCCCGGUCAAAGCCAUCCUCAACGGAGACACUCACCUGAAGUACGACGUCCCGUUUAUCUUCUCCGAGGUCAACGCCGACUGUGUCGAGUGGCUGGUUCAAACUGACGGUUCAAAAGUCCAGUGCUCCACCGACGCCAAGAAAGUUGGUAAGAAAAUCUCCACCAAGUGUGUCGGCUCCAACAAGAGGCACGACAUCACUCGGACCUACAAACACAAAGAAGGAUCAGAGAAGGAAAGGGAAGUGUUUAAGUUCGCCUGCAGCAGAGACUAUGACAAACCUGCGUACUGCGAUAGUGACGGGGAGGAGGCGGAGGAGGGGAUGGGGUGCAGCGAGGGGGAGGAGGGAAGCAACCAAAACGUGUCUCUGAAAUUUGAAGAGGUGGCCACGCUGAUGAAUGGUAAUGAUGUUAAACUGAACCUGCUGCUGCACAGUGGGGACGGCGUCACCCGGCAGCUGUCCAUCAAAAUCAGCGUCCAGGCCAUGAAGUACACCGGCAAACCUGCAGCUACCAUACAGAAAGAGAUGAAGGAAGAAACCCUGCAGGCCGACAAAGAUCUGUCCAUCCCGAUCCAGAUCCCACACUCGGCCUACGGCACACACAUGUCGGCCUGCGACAGCAUCAAGGUCUCAGCUGUGGUCACAGACAAGGACAAUCCAGAAAACGUCUACCUGCUUGAGAGCGACAUCGUCCUGGAGGACCCUCCCAUCUCCGUCACUCUUGUGGGUGAGGCCUUCCUGGGCCAGAAGACGACAGUGGAGGUUUUGUUUAAGAACCGGACGACUCUGACGUUCAAGGACUGCUGCCUGACUGUUUCUGGAAGCGGACUGUUCAAACGCAACGUCGUGAAGAAGUUGGCAGAGCUGGAGCCUGACCACCAGGCACGGUUCACCGUCGACUUCGCUCCCCACAAGGUCGGAAAGAAGACUCUGCUGGUCGACUUCGACAGCUCGCUGUUCAGAGACAUCAAGGGCAGCUGCAUCAUCGACGUCCAGCCAAAAGCCUCUGAAUCGAAUUAACUGUGAAAGCCAGGGCCAGACCACCUGAUUUUUGUUUUUCAGUCGUGAAUGAAAUUAAACAGAUUGAGCAGCACGUACUUUAGGGUCACAUUAUUCUCUUUUGAAAACGCAGAAACAAAUCUAAAGACCAAGCACAGACGGUUUUUUGUAGCAGAUGAGUUUAGCACGGUGAUUAAACUUGAGCCAGACGACACACAGCACACAGUUUUAACACACACCUGCCGGCCAAUCAGAAAAGAGUAUUUACUCAGGCCAUGGUACAAUACACUUAUUAAUCAGUUGGUGGAAUUCAGUUUUUUUCUAGUGAGGCAAAAAAAAAAAGGCAAAUA